CGCCGGUCUCCCGCGGUCUCUUAUCGUAGUUCAUGAAUGAAUACGCGUCGCUCAGUGCCUCAAGAUUAUCGCGAAUGCAAUAUUAUUAGCCUGAAGUGAAAUUCCAGCGAUAAAACUAGUGUGAGAGCUGUACUUAAAAUCUUCCUAGACCAACGCCAUGACCCAAAAGUUUGUGAUGUCAUUUUUGAAUGAAUUCUGCGUGAAGACCAACUGGCCGAUGCCAGAGUACGAUGUGCUAUCAAAGACUGAUGGAUUUCUGUGUCACUUAAAGCUCAAGGACGUGCAUGCCAUUGGCGAGGGUGCAUCGAAGAAGAAUGCCAAACAAGCGGCAGCGCUGCACAUGUGGAAGCAGAUUCUACAAAUUCCGGUGAUCAGAGAUGUACUGGAGCAAGCCGACUCAUCGGCGUUGAUGUCCACCAGCAGAGGCACACUGUUCGGGGAGAUCAAUUUGCUGAGCAUCAAGCAGCGCAGGAAGCUGCACGAGCUGCUCCUCGAUGUAUCGAACCAUAUCAGAGACGAACCCGAUUUUUCCAUGCCAAAGUCUAUUCCAAAAGCCAUCCCAAAAGCCAUCCCAAAAGCCAUUCCAAAAGCCAUCCAAAAGCAAAUCCCAAAACCCAUCCCUGAUCCCAUUCCUGAAUCCAUCCAAAGACCCAGCCCUGAUCUAGCCCAAGGGGAUUUACCAGUGAUAAAGUUAAAUUUAAUUGAACUACCUUAUCCAGAUGUCGAGAAGAAGACUCCUCCCUUGGAGUCUAAAAUUAAGAAAACCAACGAAAUUCCUCUCAAGUCUGAGCCUCGUUAUAGGUACAUCAGGCCCGACAACGAUUCAAAUAUUAUGAAAAUCAGGACGAACGAUCAUAAUUAUUUCAAGAAGUUUCCCACAGAGCUCAAAGUGGCUGCUUUUAAGGUCAUCAACUCCAAAGACUUUCGGAGCGAGAAGGAACAAGCUGAGGCCCUGCUGGCCGCUUUAGAGCUGUCCUACACCAUGGAGCAAGUGCCGAGCAAAAGUCCCAGGGAUCCGAUUGUUAAAGUGGAGCUUCACUGCGAUUAUCUUGGGGUGUUUCUCGAAUUCAAGAGAAACAUAUACAGCCACAUCAUCGACUUCCUCAAGGAUAUGCUUGUUUAAGCGGAGCAAUCCGGUCAAGCAAUACAGUCAAGGAGACAGCAUUUUGUAUACAAUGAAUAAGCCAGACAGGCAGACAAAUUUUAAAUAAAUAUUAAUAUUAAUUACUGUCAAG